AUGCACCUGCUUCCCUUCUCCCCUCUUUCUCUCCGAACCUGGGCCUCCUCUUCACUACAUCUGCUUCUACCCCUCUCUCUCGCCCCCCCCUCACCAUAUCUGCUGUUUGGGAACGCCGAAGGACCCGCUCCUGUCCCCCUAGCAUCAUCCCUCCUCUGCCUCCCCUCCCUCCUCUUCCUCCUCUUCCUCCUCUCUCUCCUCUCCCUCCCCUCCCAGACCCUCCCCUCCCUCCUUCCCUAUCCUCGCCUCUUCCCUCCCCUCGCCUCUUCCCCUCCCCUCGUCUCUUCCCCUCCCCUCGCCUCUUCCCCUCCCCUCGCCUCUCCCUCUCCCCACACCUCUGCCCCUCCCCCCGUUACUUCGCCUCCCCGUUCCCUUUUGUCUGAAAUCCCCCCCCAUUAUUCUUUCCCCCCUCCCCCCCUCUCUCCCAUCCAUCCCUUGCUGUUCCACCCCCUCCUCUCUUCUCCCACUCAUCCCCGCACCCCGCUCACCCCUUCCCUCUUCCCUUCUCCCACUCCCCCCCUCCCCCCUUCUAACUUCCCUUCUCCCACUUCCCCCCUCCCCGUUUCCCUCUUCCCUUCCCCCACUUCCCUUCUUCCCACUUCCCUCUUCCCUUCUACCACUUCCCCCCUCCCCCUUUCCCUCUUCCCCUCUCCCACCUCCCCUUUCCACCGGCUCACUCAAUGCACGAGCCAUUCGCCUCCUCUCACACCAACCACCCCUCCCUCCCCUCCCUCUAACCCCCCUCCACUUGCCUCUCCCCUCCUCUCCCCCUACCUUCUCCUCUUCCUCCUCCCCCCCUCCCAUAUCCAAUCCCGCUUGGCCCUCCCCCCCCCCUUCCUUCCCCCCUUCCUCCCCCUCUCUCCGUCUCCUCUUCCUUCCCUCCUCCUCGCCUUUGCAUCCUCCACCCCUCUCCUCUCUCCACCCUCCUCUCCUCCACCCCAGCACUAG